CAUCUCCGGAUUGAAUGCCAUUUCAUAACAAGAUUUGAAUUGUCUUUCAGUUUAACUCACAUUCACUACACAUCUAAACACUCAGUCAUUAUCACCUCAACUGAUCCGCGCGUGUGUUGACAGUCAAGUGAUGGCAUAUCUCGCGGCCGGCGCUGAGUUCGAUAGCGACGAAGAGUUUGACGACUUUUUGGACGACUCUUAUGUCCGCAGAGAAGAAGAGGUCUCCUAUAAGAAGACCGAAACACCGAAACCAAAACCAAAGCGAAAUGUAGUCUUGGAGUCCAUCUCUUGUGGCGCUAUAUUCCUCAAUGACAUCCGAAUGGCUAUUAUUAACGACAACUUUGGACUUCUCAAAGAACUGAUGGAAAGCGAGUCCAAUGUGUUUGUGGACACAAUACUGACGGCCGGAUGGACUGCAUUGAUGUACGCCUCCAAUAGUGGACACAAACUUAUGGUUCACUAUCUGCUGGAAAGAGGAGCCGAUCCUAACUUUCAUAAAGAUAAUUGGACGCCAUUGAUGGCCGUUUGUGGUGCGAGUAAUGGUAUCCCCGAAGAAGAUCUCAUUGAAUGCGCCAAAUAUUUGCUCAAAUUUGGCGCUAAUGUGAACGCAUUGGAUAAUUACGGCAACUCUGCGCUCAUAUAUGCGGCCAAAACGGGAAAGUGUGGCCAACGGUAG